AUGAUGCGCGAUCAAUUUAACACGCAGUCACUGGGGAAACCUUUGAAUAUGAUGGUCAAGGAGGCACGGAUAUUGAUGGUUGGAGCUGGAGGAAUCGGAUGUGAAUUGCUUAAGAAUUUGGUUCUGGCUGGUUUUGGUGAAAUUCACAUCGUUGAUUUGGAUACCAUCGAUCUCAGCAACUUAAAUCGACAAUUCCUAUUCCGCCAUGAACAUAUCAAGAAACCGAAGGCUUUGGUUGCGAAAUAUGCGGCGCAUAAGUUCAACCCGAAAGUCAAGCUGGAGGCACAUCAUGCGAACAUCAAGGAUGCACAAUUCAAUGUGGAUUGGUUCAAGGGAUUUACAACGGUGUUUAAUGCGUUGGAUAAUCUCGAAGCAAGGAGACAUGUGAACAAGAUGUGUUUGGCGGCGGAUAUACCUUUAGUCGAGUCGGGCACAACUGGUUUCAAUGGACAGGUUCAGGUUAUCAAGAAGGGAAAGACGGCAUGUUACGAUUGCACGACAAAGGAGACGCCAAAGAGUUUUCCGGUUUGCACUAUUCGAAGUACGCCGAGUCAGCCGAUUCAUUGCAUAGUUUGGGGGAAGAGCUAUUUAUUGAGUGAGGUAUUUGGUACCAGUGAGGAUGAAUCGACAGAGAUGGAUCAUUCAGAAGACUCAGAAAAUGCCAAGGAGAUUGAAAAACUGCGGCUAGAGUCACAAGCUUUGAAGAUGAUUAAGGAAUCAGUGGGCACUGAUGCUUUUCCUCAACUGCUCUUCGAUAAGGUCUACAAGGAUGAUAUCGUUCGUUUGAGAUCCAUGGAGGAUAUGUGGAAAUCGAGACGACCACCUGAGGCUUUAGAUUACGCCACUCUCAAUUCAGAAGCAGGGAGUGACGAGGCCAGAAAGCAAGCCGUACUUAAAGAUGAUCAACGAGUUUGGAAUUUACAUGAGAAUCUCAUCGUUUUCAAAGACAGUUUGGAACGAUUAAGUAAAAGACUACAAGAAUUGAAAGCUACCUCAAAUGGUGCCGGCUCCGCAGAACCAAUAAUCACCUUUGACAAAGACGAUGAAGAUACACUGGACUUCGUCACCGCAAGCGCUAACUUGAGAUCAAUCGUCUUUGGCAUCGAGUGCAAAUCUCGAUUUGAUAUCAAGCAAAUGGCCGGUAAUAUCAUCCCUGCUAUUGCAACCACCAAUGCUAUUGUAGCAGGUCUUUGCGUUCUACAAUCAUUCAAAGUCCUUCGUGAUGAUUACUCGGGUAGCAAAGAGAUCUUCCUCUCCCCAUUCGCCCCUGAAAGACUUCUCUCCUCUGAUAAAUUCCGAGAGCCAAAUCCAGAUUGUCCUGUAUGCAGUGUUGCACAAACUCGUUUGUUGGUCGAUAUGUCAAGAGCCACACUUAGUGAUCUGGUCGAGGGUUUCCUUAAACUGCAACUUGGGUAUGGUGAGGAACUCGUGGUCAAUAAUGAAAGCGGCCUACUCUAUGAUGUUGAGGAGACGGAGAAUUUGGAUAAGAAACUCAGUGAACUUGGUAUCAAGGGCGAUACUUUUCUAACUGUCAUCGAUGAGGAUGAUGAAAAUCCAAAAGGUCCUAGGUCACUUCAAUAUUCUUCUCCAUCUCCUGACAAUCACAACAGCGACACCACAAUGGAAGACACACCCAUCAAAAGCCUCGACAUCCACCCCAGAUCCUCCACCCACACCCCUCUCCUUACUGGCACACUACCUGCCCCUGUUGACCCCGAAUCACCCAUCCCUCGUCGCAAGAAGCCCGUCCCCGAACCCACAGCUCCAGUCUCAACAAACGGCAAUGCUACACAUACAAAUGGCCACGCCAAACCCCCCUCCGCAGAUGUCUUUCAAAAUGGUAGUGCCAAUGGGUUUAAAAAGAGAUCUGCAUCCGAUGCCCUCGGUGAUAACGCUUCGUCAACCUCAAAGCGCUCCAAGACUCUCUCGGGUUCUGGUGAUGCUAAUGCUGCGGAGGAUGGUAUUAUUGUACUGGAUGAUGCGAAUGAUGGUGCUAUCAUGAUUGAUGACGAUUAA